GUUUGGGGCGAUAUCGUUUUUCCUCGUCUUAUUAAUUUUUGAUUUCGUAACAUCUCACACCGAAGAGAGAGAGGUGUUGGGGUUGAGAGAGAAAGAAGAGAGAUAGAAAGUGACUUGUUGGAUUUGGAUUUAAUUUACUUCUCUCAGUGAAGGACGAUUGGUUGUGUGUGGUUGCUUUCUUCUCUCUCUUUGAGAAGAUAUUUUUGGGGGUCAUGCUGCUAAUAAUAUGAAAUUAUUGGUAUGGAUUUUUAACAACUGAUUUCCGGCUAUUUAGAAGAACUGUGUAUCGUUCUUUUUCCUUAUCCCUGUUAUUACCACUUUUUUUUUUCAGCUUUUCUGUUUUUCAUGGAUCAAUUCAUGCCAAAGCUGGCUUCUUUCUUGUGUAUAUGAUCAUUUUGUGAUACCCUACAAUUAUUUCUCCCUUUUCACUUCUAUUUCUAGUGAAUCUUGAGCUCCCCAUAAGAAAUUUAGGUUGUUCAGUGAACUCUUAUGUAUCAUGCCAAUUGAUCGGGAAUUGAUGUUAUGGGAUUGAGCACUGUGGUUAGAGAGAGAAUUCAGGUUAGAGAGAGCAAAAUGGGAUCUGAAUUGGGUACCCAUUCUUCCAUCCAUCAAUCUCUCACUAACCGUUAUUCCGAUUGGAUUCAUGAAGCUCUUGAUGAAUUGCCUGAGAAUUUCUUGAUCACUGAUCCUUGCCUUUCAGGCCAUCCAAUUGUAUAUGCAAGCAAAGGUUUCCUAAACAUGUCGGGUUACUCGAGAGAUGAAAUUAUCGGUAAAAAUGGUAGAUUUUUCCAAGGUCCUGAUACUGAUAGGGGGUCAGUUUUGCAAAUCAGAGAAGCAAUUGGAGAAGAUAAAACUCUUCAGAUUAGCUUAUUGAAUUAUAGGAAAAAUGGGACCCCAAUUUGGAUUCUUUUCCAUUUGUGCCCUGUUUUCUCAGAACAAGAUGGUAGAGUAGUUCACUUCAUUGGAGUUCAAGUUCCCAUCUCUAAGGACAGUGGGUCCUCCCAUUUCAGGAGCAUAACCAGGUCCCUUUCUAACAAUGGAUUUCUCUAUGGUGUUUGUCGAAAAGAGGUUUAUAAGGACCCAUCCAUUGAUUUGGAUCUCACCUUUGUCGAUUCUGAUAACCGAGGCUUGCAGGCUGAUGAGCCUGGUGAAGCUAGAGAACAUGAGAAGGAGAAAGCAAUCUCUACAAUUAAUAACAUUUUAUCAAAGUUGGCACACUAUAGCAAGUUGAUGGGGGGAGCUGUAUCUGGUGAAAGAUGCGGCUUUGUGAGCCCUCUUUCCACGUCGUUAACUAUUGCUCUCGGUAGAAUCAAACAGAGCUUUGUAUUAACUGAUCCUCACUCACCUGACAUGUCCAUUGUUUAUGCAAGUGAUGCUUUUUUAACAUUGACAGGCUAUUCUAGGCAUGAAGUGCUAGGUCGCAACUGCAGAUUUCUACAGGGACCAUUUACAGAUGUAGAGGAUGUGCAAAAGAUUAGGGAAGGGAUUCAAUCAGGAAAACCUUGUACAGUUCGGAUAUUAAAUUACAGGAAGGAUACCACCUCUUUUUGGAACAGUCUUCACAUAUCACCAGUCAGGAAUUCAUUUGGAAAGGUAUCAUUCUUUGUGGGUGUUCAGUUGGAUGAAGCUUCCAUGAAUGAAGACCAAGGAUUGAGUUCACAAAUGAGACAACUUGGAGCUGUUGGUGCAGUUAAGGUAGCAGUCCGUAGCUUAUCGGGUGCUGGGCAUGUUGGCCCCUCGAAAUCUCAACUCUCCUCCUGAUCUUUCCCCAUCACCAAGAAGGGAAAACAAUUGUAUCAGAAACUGAAAUAUAUAUGGGCAGUGAUUUCAUGCAGUGGUUGUAUUAUAGUAUAAUGCAACCACAUUUCUAGAAAA